AUGGCGUACCGAGUCUAUUCGGUUUCGCUCGGCGCACCGCGCAAUCACCACGCCAUCUUUAUUAAGAGCCAAUUAGACGGCCCCGGCACCGUGCUGCAGGCGACUGGCAACAUCCAACACGGGAUGACGUUCCAAGUCAAGAAACACAAUCGCCCAGAGGCAUCACUCGAAUUUCUCAGGAAAGAGUACCUGGGCUGGGUAUCUGCCCAGGACUUGCACCGUGUCGAGCGAGUCUGCGCUGCCGUGCCGCCGCCGAAGAAGCAGUUCGAGGGCCCUAAGCGCCUCUAUCCCGGGGAGCCUCUGCGGAGGUGUCAGGAGUGGACGCGAGAGGCCGUCGAUGCCUUGACCGCCGCCGCCGGCAUUCUGCACGCGACGGAGCAGCCCGUAGGGUCGGAGUGUGGCUCGUCGAGUGAGCCGUCAUCGGGGGAAAGAUGA